GAUCCGUUCAUAUUAGAUGUGAUAAUUAUCUAUUAAUUGUGAACAGAGUUGAAUUGACUUGAUACUUAAAAAUGGAAGUUUUUGGAAUAGAGAUCAACAUGAAUCUUCGAUUCAGGCUGUUAUUCUUGUGUUACAGCGGAAAAAGUCUUGCAUAAUAAAAGCAUUACAUCAGGUCAGUGUGUACCCCUAUUGUAAAGUGUUUUCGUAAAUACAACGUCACUACUUCUUCUGGUACUACUACUAGUGAUAAUAAUAAUAAUGGUGCUUUGUUGCAGUAUGAUUGCUGGUCUAGUUUAACUUUAGGGAGAUAUAGGCUACCGUGUCAGACAGCCCGCUCUGCGUCUGUGCGUAAUCACAGUGAUAAAAAUGUAUCUAUCCAUCUGUUGACGCGUUCAGCACAUGCUCACAGUCUCCGUCCCUUUAUGGGUUGACAACGAAAAAAAGUUUUCAUGUCAGUCGGUUAAAAUUCAUUGUUGCCUGUCCAGCCAAUCAUAGUUUUUGACGACACAAAAGAGGCAAAAGUUGGAGUAUAAAAAGGUGCGCGCUAAUAAACUAUGAUGCCUAUCAGUGUGGGACAUUAAUCCAAACCCAGUCCAGUCAGUCAUCAGGUGCAGCAUAUAUCAAAGGAUCUUUUUUAAACUUAACUUCACACCUUAGAGACAAUGCAUCUGUCUCAGAUUGUGCUGUAUGUUAGCUUGCUGAUCGCUUUGGGUGCAGUAGUUUUGAGUGACCAGGAGACGCACCAGCAGCCCUCUGCCUCCAGCCCAGUAGACACGGAGCAAUGUGCUACCUGUGAGGUCCGGCAGCAUAUUAAAACUAUGCGACUAAACGCUAUUAAAUCUCAGAUUCUGAGCAAACUGCGAAUGAAAGAAGCUCCUAAUAUCAGCAGAGACAUAGUGAAGCAGCUCCUGCCCAAAGCGCCUCCGCUGCAGCAGCUCCUCGACCAGUACGACGUGCUGGGAGAUGACAACAAGGAUGUGGUUAUGGAGGAGGACGACGAGCAUGCCACAACGGAGACGAUAAUGUUGAUGGCCACUGAACCCGAGUCCCUCGUCCAAGUGGAUGCUGAACCAAAGUGCUGCUUCUUCUCCUUCACCCAAAAGUUUCAAGCCAAUCGAAUAGUCCGAGCUCAACUCUGGGUGCAUCUGCGCCCUGCGGAGGAGGCGACGACUGUGUUCCUGCAAAUCUCCCGUCUGAUGCCGGUCACAGACGGGAACAGGCACAUACGCAUCCGCUCCCUGAAGAUCGACGUGAAUGCCGGGGUCAGUUCUUGGCAAAGUAUAGACGUCAAACAAGUGUUGACUGUGUGGCUGCGGCAGCCGGAGACCAACUGGGGCAUCGAGAUUAACGCCUUCGAUUCGAGGGGGAACGAUUUGGCGGUGACCUCCACAGAGCCCGGAGAGGAGGGACUGCAACCUUUCAUGGAGGUGAAGAUCUCAGACGGCCCCCGGCGAGUCCGGAGAGACGCAGGCCUGGACUGUGACGAGAACUCUCCGGAGUCUCGGUGCUGCCGCUACCCGCUCACAGUGGACUUUGAAGACUUUGGCUGGGACUGGAUUAUUGCCCCAAAGCGCUACAAGGCCAACUAUUGCUCCGGGGAGUGUGAGUACAUGCACCUGCAGAAGUACCCGCAUACCCACCUGGUGAACAAAGCCAACCCCAGAGGGACCGCAGGCCCUUGCUGCACCCCCACCAAGAUGUCCCCAAUCAACAUGCUCUACUUUAACCGAAAGGAGCAGAUCAUCUACGGCAAGAUCCCAUCCAUGGUGGUGGACCGGUGCGGAUGCUCUUGAGACGGGACGGAGACCACAGCAAGAGGGAGGGGAGGACGGAGGGGCCGCAGCUCAGUCCGGCCUCCAACUUAAGACUUUUCUGUCACAACCGAUCCACCAGUUCUUGAGCUUUCUGCAGAACACGGUGCAAUAGAACCAGAGUAGAGGCCACAAACUGCCUGAGCGCUUUCACAACCGGCAUAGCUCUUACUUUCUUUCCUUCAGUGAAAUCUUAGCCAGAGAAGCUUGAAGUCAGUGGGAUGCAGGAACACACACUUACACACACACAUGCUGAGUCUCAGAGUGAAUGUAGACACAAAUAUUCAAAGUUAUCAAAGAGCAUUUUUUGCUAGGUCUCAGUCCUCCGCCCAAACAUGCACACAAACUUGCAGACAGAUAUUACUCUUGCACCGUCACUCCACUCCACUUGUAGCCAACAUACAAGCUAUUACACUUUUUGCUAAGCUAUAUGUUUGUGAUAAUCAAUGUUCCAGUUAUGUUUUCAGAGUGAAACCAGGAAUCCUCAUGGACUUUUUGAAAGGGCUUGGAAAAACACGUGUGAAGACUCACAGGAGUGAUGUUUCACACUGGUAGAACAUGUUUUUGUGCACAUAGGUUCGAAGGAGUCAGAGACAGAAAGAAAACGUCACUUAUUCUCUGCUGAAUAUGAAACCCAACCAAAAGUUUGCAACAUCACACGAUUAAUUUACUACGAAGUAGAAUCCAAAGUGCAGGAGGUGAUGAUCAGACAUUUGAUCCUAUGGACACAAAACUGUUCCACCAUUGUGACGAGACACUUACAGAGUUGACUUCUUGUCUUCAUGUACUCUUCCAUAAACACACACACAGAAACAUAACCAACCCAGGAGCAUUCUUGCUUGGUCAUGAUCUCCACAAUCCAACCAAAAAACAGCCUGACCUGCCCGAUACACUUGAAUUAUUCUGAUUGUAAAUUCACAUUACUGGACAGAAGGACUUGAACUGAAGGCACAAAGAAUGCAGCCGACAAAUAAAGAAAUGUGUUUAAGACAGAGGGAAAGGAUUGUCGAAUUGUACGAAUGUUGAGAUCACGCUUAAACUCUGUCUUACAAACAACAGUUUGCACUAUGGCACACCAAUAGAGAGAAUUGGUUGCUACAAGAGUUGUAAAAACUGAUUUUGAUAUGUUUGCUUAUUUGUAUUGUAUACAUAUGCCAUUGUUUCCAUUAGGAGUUGCCUUUCUAAACCACUGUUCAUAAAUGUAUAAAACCGCAAUGUAGCACAAUAUAAGACGUAAUAUAGCAACUCUGUAUAAAUGUUUUAACAAAUAAAGUUUCCAGCUUCUUUGUUGA